UGUUUAGUAUCCGACGAUUACGAUUUGUUAAAGCCAUUGUGUUGUCAGUCUCUCUUUCACAAUUACAUAGCUUUCAAGUUUGCGAAAACAAGGAAGUCAACUGGGCCAUACCGUGACGUCACUACGUUAGAAGCGACACUUGUGGACAUAACGGUGUCACACCGGUCUUUACUGACAAUAACGUAGUGACGUCACCAUCUAUGUAUAGAAUGGACAUAACGGUUAAUACCAGCUUCUGCACCCGGAAAUAACUGUAACAAAAAAAUCAUAAUUCGUGAUCCAUAUUUUAGCGUGGUUGGAUUUUUCCUAUAUAUUUGUUAAUAACAUUUAAAUUAAAUUGCGUACAGCUAGCGUGUACACACUUAAACCUAAUUGCGCUGUAGGACUCUCAAGAUUUAGCACGGGUUUAACAGCUGAUCGCUGACUCCUGAGUCAUCAUGCAUGUCGAACAGCUGAUCGCUGUAACUUUGAAAGCAGCGUAGUACUUAGUCUGUAGUGUCCAUACAGCUGUGUGACCUGAAUAACUAUCAUCUACAUCUAUCUAUCGACCUUACUAUUGAGAUUUAAUUUACAUUGAUGAACUAGAGUAUAAAUGCAAACAUGGAAAGUUACCGCAAGAUAAAAUGAUGUACAAGUAUCUGAUACAGUGUAUGAAAGAGACGUAGCAGGAGGAGUACCAUUAUUUUCCUUGUUAUCAGAUUACAACUUGUGCGCAGUUUCAGAUUGUAUUUGACAUGUGAGUCUUGUUACUGUCUUGAACACAGCAAGGAUUUAAGUGGUGCAACUAUUACCGUGGUCAAUGAUGGGGAAGUCUGGAACUAGAGAAAUAGGGAAACGUUUCUUUUGGCAGAAAAAAGGAGACGUGAAAAGUCAUGAAUCUGAAAAUUUGAAUGCAGUUGAUGAUAGAAAUGGAGAACUGCCUAAUGUGACUGAUUUUGUGCCACCUGAUGGGGGGUGGGGCUGGAUUGUGUGCCUGACCUCUCUGUGGGCUAAUGGCACAGUGUUCGGUGUUAUUAACACAUUUGGAAUCAUCUAUGUUAAGAUGAGAGAUGAAUAUGGAAAGGAUGACCCAGAUGUGUCAUUGAAAACAGCGUUUGUCGGGUCGACAUGCACUGGGGUGACCUUUCUAAUGUGUACCAUGUCCAGUAUCCUAAGUGACAGAAUUGGAAUACGUCCGACAGCGGUCACAGGUGCCGUACUGUCCACAAUCGGACUCGCGUGCAGCAUGUUCAUCCAGAAGCUGGAACUUCUUUACCUUACAUAUGGUCUCAUAUUAGGGCUUGGAUCUUCGAUGGUGUAUUCACCAUCACUCGUCAUUCUUGGGCAUUACUUCAAAAAGCACAUGGGGCUCGUGAAUGGAAUAGUGGCGUUUGGAAGUUCCCUGUUUACCAUUUGCCUCACCAGGAUAUUACCUCUUUUGCUGGAGAGCAUUGGAAUCAAGUACUGCUUCCUGUUCCUAUCAGGGCUCCAUUGCAUGCUCAUUUUGUUCACGUUGACGUGGAAACCGAUGUACCAGCAUGAUCGCCAUCUGGUCUCUCUAACGUUGUCAACCGAAAGCGUGUACCAGCAUUGCGAGGAUUGCUGCACGUGGACAAAAAGAUUCCUUAAUGUGAAAAUCUGGAAGAAUAGAGCGUAUGUGAUCUAUAUAGUGUCACUUGGUGUAGCCUUGUUUGGAUACUUUGUACCCUUCUUCCAUCUGCCCAAGUACACUGCUGACAACUUCCCAGGUGCAGAUGGUAGUCUUUUAAUCCUGUCGCUAAGCAUCACAUCAGGUGUCAGUAGAAUCUUGUGCGGAAAAAUCGCGGACACGCAAUGGGUGAGCAGAAUCAAAAUGCAGCAGCUGGCUUUUCUAGUUUUGGGUAUUUCGACAGCGUGUAUUCCAUUUGCGUCCAAGUUUGGAGCGCUCAUUGGGAUCAGCCUCUUAAUGGGGGUCUGUGAUGGGGUGUUUGUGUGCCUACUGGGCCCCAUCGCAUUUGACAUCGUGGGACCUGCGGAGGCCUCGCAGGCUAUUGGCUUCCUAUUGGGCAUCUUCAGCAUCCCUUUCACAGUAGGACCACCUCUGGCAGGCUGGAUGUACGACUACUUUGGUGAUUAUAGAAUAGCAUUUCACAUUGCUGGGGUGCCACCCAUCCUAGGGGCCAUCAUCAUGUUCCUCAUUCCAAAACUGGACCAGAGUUAUCCAGCAGUUACAGAAGCAAUGGAAUUUGCAUCUGUCUCAAAUAUAGAUGUCUUCAAAGAUGUUACAGUUUCAGCGUCAGCUUCAAGUCUCCGACACCAAGUGCUCAUGAAAGCACCUGCCAAGUCAGGCCCAGCAACUGAAAUGCAGGUGCUCACGUCACAAGAACUGCUGGUGUUUUCAAAACCUCACAAAGACACCAAGGUCAAGGACACCAAGGUCACAGGUCACAUGGAGGAAGAGGCCACGCCAAUGCUCCAAGGUCACCAGAAGGUCACGGAAACCCACACGAUCGAGGACUCUUCUUUGCAAGCCCAUAUCAGUGUAGGAACCUCUAUUAAAGCAGAUGACCAGAAUGCCUUUGCUGUUGACGAUGCCUUGUUAAACAAGAUUGAGGAACAAAUGGAGGCAAAGAAAGUGUUGUUUGACAGUGAGGAGAAAACAACUAUCUAAAUAGUAAUGCAGAUAGACAUAUUGUUUUAAAGUAAUUGCUUAUUGAAGCACAAAGGGCAGGUAGGAGGAACGCAAAGGAAGGGUUAUUUGGCAUUAAGGAAAUGGCAUUAAUAUAAAUGAAAACAUGGAUGCAUUGCCAAAAAAAACUGUAUUUGUAAUAGCUAUUUUGAGCACACAGUGCGGAUUGAACAAUGCAUAGUAGUAUUCACAUUAUAGUUGAUCAUUUCAUUAUAAUAUGGGCCGUGCUCUGGGAAAAGGGGGUUUAAUGAAUGUGCCUAAAAUGUCGUCCCAGAUUAGCCUGUGCAGUCCGGACAACACUUUCCGCUUGUAUGGUAUUUUAUGUUUUAAGAUAGUCUCUUCUUAGGAAAAAUCCUGUUUAGGCUUUUCACAGAGCAAGUCCCAUCUGUAAUAUUAUGAUAAAUAAGAUAGAUUUAAAGUUUACCUCAGUUCUAGGGCAUUAAUGAAGUUCUUCAAAUAAAUAAGGCCCCAAAAUCACUUGCAUUUGCUUUUUUGGUGCAUUUUGUGCCAAGCAUAUUAAGUUUCAGCCAGGUGACAGUAUUUUUUUGUGAUUUAAGCAGGUGCCGUUUGUGAGUGAACAAUAAUAUAUUACGUGUAAUUUGUAUGUUAAUUAAUUGAUUGACAAUUCAGUGCAGUCAAUGAAAAAGCCUGUUUGCAUUUUUAAUGGAAGGAAACCGCUUUAAAAGCAUUUACAAGAUUUAAUGCAGGUGCUUCCCAGGAUUUGUAUGGAAAUAAAAUGUAAUUUUGGGCAGAUUGUGUUCCAGAAUGUAAUUUUAUUUUUUCAAACUUCAUAAAUAGAAGGUUCUUUCCAAACUGGAUGUGCCAAGUAAUGAAGUUGUAGUAAGUUUAACCCAUUUAUGCUUAGUUGGCUCUCCCAUCCUUCUAAAUUGGAUUAAUUUAUUUCCAAAAUUAGGGAUGUCUAUAUACUUAUUUUUAUAUUUAGAAUAUUUCUUACAGAAAUUCCUUUAAGCAAACAGCGCAGACCCUGAUAAGACGCCGAAAGACGCAGCAUCAUGCGGCGUCUCAUCUGGGUCUACCUAGUAUACUUAUUUUUAUAUUUAGAAUAUUUCUUACAGAAAUUCCCUUAAGCAAACAGCGCAGACCCUGAUAAGACGCCGCAUCAUGCGGCGUCUCAUCUGGGUCUACGCUGUUUGCAAAAGCCUUUUUUCUAGACGCUAGGCAUAAAUGGGUUUACCAAGUUUUAGCUUUUAUGGAACUAGAUUUUUCAUUUAGCUUUUUCGUUUGUGCUUUUGAGGCAGAAGAUUUUCAGUGUUUAAAGUAGCUGUGAUUUGAUGGAUCUCCUGAUAAUGCCAAGCUAGACUCAAAAGUAAAGCAAUAUUCUUUAUCUUAGUUUUAAUUAUAAUAAUAAGUUCAUAAACAAGAGCCCUGAGCAGUAGUUAUAGCAUUGAUUUUUUCAACCACUUCAAUUAAUGUUCUGUGGCAAUGAAUUGAUGAUUUGAUACAAAGCUCUGUUGUUAGUGUUUGAAUGCUUGCUUUCGACUUUAUUUUUUUCAAGAGGUAUAUAUUGUUUUUAAGUAUUUUGAUGUAUAUGUGUAUUCUUUUCAGAUUUUUUAACUAAGGGCAAAAUGUUGUUGUUAAGGUUUAAGGUUUGCACUAUAAUCACAUGAAUUCAUCAUUCAUAUAGUCAGUAUACUGCUUAGUUUCUUUUUGUAUUCAUAAUUUUAGAUAAAACAGCAGCACUCUAGUAACACAGAGCUUAAUGCAUGCGUGUUAACCCUUUGCAUGCUGGGAAAUUUGUCAUCUGCUAAAAUAUUGUCUGCUUAAAUGUCGUCGGCUGGAGUUCAAAAAUUAGCAUUUUCUUCAAUUUUUUCAAAGAAUACUAUCAGAAUAGCAAACCGUUUGGAUCCUGAUGAGACGCCACUUUCUGUGGUGUCUCAUCUGGAUCCAAACUGUUUGCAAAGGCCUUAAAUAUUCGGUUCCCGCAUUGUAAGGGUUAAUUAAUGUCCCAGAUUUGCUUCACGUUUCACGGCAUUCUGCAAAGGCUAAUCAGGGAUGGCACUUUACGCCUUAACUGCAUUUUCAUUAAGAAGAGAAUUUCUUUAUAAUUUAUUUUAAUUCAAAGCGGAAAUCGUCAUACCUGAUUAGCCUACACAUGCUACUCUGGCACAGCACUUUACGCACAUGCAUUUAGCCCCAUUUUUCCAGAGCUUCGCUAAUUUUAUAGAUUAGCAGGUCCCUUUCAGUGCCUCGAAUAUCACCAAAGCCAUGUUUUUUCAAAUAGCAUUUAAAGUUUGUCAUAAGGCUCCAAACAUUAACAUCAUUUUUAUGUUAUUAUGUUAGUGUUAUUAUUUUGUUUAAAUUUUUAUGUAAUUAUAUUACACGUGUCAACAAAUACAUAAAUAAACCUUGUCAUGUAGGUUGUAAAGAAAGUGGAAGAAAAAUAAAGUGGGAUUAUGGCCAGUAUUGGAAAACCUCUUACUUGAUUUAUUAAUACAGAUUCUAGUGAACAAAACGAUUUAAAACAUUGUUAAGUGAAGUUAUUACAAACUUAACAAUUGAUAAUGAUAACUAAACUUAUAUUUGUGUAAACAUAGUACAAGACGCAGUAUUUUUUUGCAUAUAUGUCACAAAAAUGUUUUCUUAGUCUGUAGUGUUAUUUUGGUGUAUGUGCCAGUUAUAUUUUAAAUGUGUUUAAUUGUUAUAAUUUCUAAUAACCCAAAGCAUUGUUUUUACAAACUGCCUUGAAAAUAUAAAUUAAAACAAGAUAUUCCAGUAAAGGGGCUUGCUAGCUAAGUUGGUAGAGAGCUUGACUACAAAUCCAAGGAUUGAGGGUUUGAUCCCCAGCCGGAUUACAUUACUUGUGAUGGGAAUGCUCAGGAAAUUCUUUCUAUCACCAUCAUCCCCCUAUCUCUGUCUUUAAAGUAGGGCAGUUGUCAGUUACUAACAUAAGUAUGUUCAAUUAGCAUUGGUAAACAAGAUAUCCCAGGAAAGGUGUUAUUUAGUGAACUGACCACUGAAACAGUGAUAAAUCCAAAUUAACAAACAAACAUAAAACUAGAUGUAGAGAUGCUUACUGCAGUAUUACAAUGUCUGUCAUGGAACUGUCUCGCACUUGUUAUAUUAAAAGUAUUUCAUUUGCAUAACAUUAUAAACAAGAUUGGUAUGAGCAAAGUGAAACUUAUUCAGUGUCUUCACUUAAUACUAUGACCUCAAUUAAUUGCCAUACAGAUGUCAAGUCACCUAUUAGUGCCAUUUAGAUGCUCUGUCAUUAACUUUAUAAUCAGUUAUGUGUCAAACUUGAAGCACUCCUAUGAAUAUUGAUUAAGAUAAAAUGUUGAAAUUCUUCAGUUAUUACUCAUUAAAAACGUCUUCCUUAUAUAUUUUUUAGUCACUAAAAGCUUUGACUUAACCAAAUUGAAAUAUAUUUUACAGCAUAUGUUUUACCUGCUCUUGGUAAAUGAUUUAUCUUAACCAACUGAGAGAACAACCAUUGUUCUGUUUGCAUAGUUGGCAUGGGGCUCCGUAACCUUAGCAGCUUUUAUCUUAAAACAACCAUAAUAUGUAUGAAAGUAUGGUACAGGUCCAAUAUUCUUUGGAAAAUACACAUCAGAAAUAAUCGUAUAUGCUGAGUUUUGCUUUGUGUAUGUUCAUAGUUAAGUUGUUCUGUACACCCCUAGGGACCAUUGGCACUCAAGGAAUGCCUGAUAGUCCAUUCUUGAUCAUAAUCCUGAACAGUCUUUUACAAACUUGACAAAGCUCUGAUCAAAGUUUUUUCAGCAGGGAUGAAACCCCACCCAAAACAAGUAGUUAAUUUUCAUGCCCAUACACAAGUGCUGCAUGUUUGAACAUUGUUUUUGUUAGGAUUUUAUGGACUGAAUCUGUUAUUGCUGUGUUUUGAUUAGAUACAUGAAGAUACCUGUUAAUUAUUUAUCAAUUUGAUUGAUGCUGUGAUAUUCAGAUAUGCCAACGAAACUGUCCCUCAUACAGUACAUGUUAUAUUAUUUAAGUGUUAUAUCAAAUAUACUUCUUGCUGUGAUGUUCUAUUGGAACACUGUGACUGUGACAUUGAUCCUUGUGUCUGCUUUCCAAAUAGUCCAUGAUACAAGUAUUGUUGUUGACCUUUAUACAUAUCCGCAAACUCAUAGGCCAUUUAUUUUUUGUUACUUAGCAAACUCAUAGGCCAUUGAUUUUUUGUUACUUGUUUAAUGAGCUUUUUUGAAAAACAAUGUGAUGGGAAAAGAACUAACAUUUAAUUCACCCUUUUUACAAUACUAUUUUUAUACAAUACAAAUUUAAAAUAUUUUUUAAUGGAAAUACUAUUGUUGUGUGUUUUGUUGUAGAUUACUGUGAAACCAUUUUUUUUCGUCAGCACGAAAUUUCGUCCUUUUUAAAAAAAAUGACUAUUUUGUCAGCACUUAAAUUCUUCCAUUUCUGGUUUUGAAAAAAAGCGUCCGAUUUGUUUGUAAUGUUUGUAAUACAUGUAAUACGCGGUUGCGAAAAAAUCGUGCUGGGGAAAGAGGGGUGACACUUGGUAGUCACUUGCAGGAGGUGGGCCUUGUUUGGCAUAUGCCCAUUAACAAGUCUGUUAUUUCAGGUGAUAGUAACUGUCCCUUAUUAUUUUAUGUCAUUGACACGUUCUUUGUUAUGAUUAGCGGAUAAGUGGGACUGAAUAACCGUUAAAAUGUGUUUUAAACAACGUAGCCAAUUGCCAAUUAGUCUUUUUCCAUUACAAUCAAGGACAACCAAACACAAAUCAAUAUGUUCUUUAUUAAUUUGUAAUAAAAGCGCAGAAUAUAUUUCAGUCAGGUGUUGAUCACACAUCGCCAUAUUUUAAUUGCGUUUAAUAGUAUUGUCUUUAAUCCGGAUUCGCCGCGUGUUGGCUGUAUAAUCUGCAACACCCAUGAAAAACACAAUACACACAAUGGGUAAUUAAGUUGUUAACAAUUAACGCUAAUCAACACUAUUAUACCUGAACGAAGUCGACGCAUUCGAUACAGCCUUAUUGCAUUCGCGUUUUACAGGAAAUGUCAGUUGUCAGUACACUGUAUAAUGUACACCUCUUUGUGUCAAAACCGGAUUUAACUUGAGUGUGAAUAGUCGAAUGUUUCAUGUUCUUUGUAUCAAUACCAUCCGGGUAUCUGUACUAUAAGUAUAAUAGUCUACAAACAAGGUGCGCGCUUCCGCAUAUGGGUAUUCGGACGUUCAAAAAAUUGACCUACGGUUUAGCGUUCACGCCGUCGAACGCAUUUAGCAAUAUAACUCGUUUUUUCCCCACUAUUUCUUUUCUUGCAAAAAAUACUAGUGGCUUAUAACUUACCUUGCAAUCUUGUUUUCUCGCAUUUUGCGAGUGUUAAUUUCGAGCCCUGUGUAUAUGCGUGGAUUUCGCUGGAUUUAAAUGCCUCAUGCCUACGGUAAUUCAGUCUUUGGUUCAAAUAUGGGACAUGAUUGUUCUUUAAGAUCUUGAAUUCGUCCAUCGGUCGAAGGACGAAAAAGACGAAAAUUAAUGUCUUGACGAUUAAUAAUGGUUUCACAGUAUCCAGAAAACCAUGGUCCAUAAACAGCAGUUGUUGUUUCUGUCUUGUUGUCUUGUUGUUAGGGAGUGUUGGGGGUAUAUGAAAACAUAUUUGACAUGGCAUUUGAUUAACUCAUAGUGGUUGGAUUGACAAAGCAAUAAAGUAAUGGAGCACAAGGAUCAACAAUCUAAUCAAUCAAGCAAUUUUUGUUCAGUUGUUUAUAAAAACAUCAUACUGAAAGUAUGGUCUUUCUGUAUCUACAGUAGUGUAGCUUCUAUUAGUAAAUUGUUGUUUACAUCAACAAAUAAUGCUAUUCACCCUUUACAAACAGUUUUAAAUUGAAGUUUCAAUAAUUAAUGUCAUUAAAAGUUAUAUACUAAUAGUGCAGUUAAAGUUAAUUAUAUAUUGUUUAACCUAGUAAAGAUAUGUUAUUUUAUAUUUUGGUAUUUAAAUUAGUUCAUGUUUGGAUAAAAAAAAGUUACGUUCUAUAUUAUAUAUGAUAAUUUUUGUUUCAGAAAUAUGUUGUAUAAUUGUUAACUGUAUCUGUUAAGUAUGUGUUUACAGUAUUUGUAUAGCUUUUACCUAUUGUACUUUAUGUAACUUCCUUUCCUUUUAAGCAGUCAAUUGUUUUGUUAUGUUAUUAACAAUGCUAUUGUAUGUAACAACAAAAUUAACAAUUUGCAUUUUUAGCUCACCUGAGCACAACGUGCUCAUGGUGUUCUUUUGUGAUCGCCUUUUGUCCGGCGUCCGGCGUCAACAUUUGUUUUGUUAACACUCUAGAGGCCACAUUUAUUGUCCAAUCUUCAUGAAAUUUGGUCAAAAGAUUGGUCUUAAUAAUAUCUUGGAUGAGUUCGAAAAUGGUUAAGUUAGCUUGAAAAACAUGGCUACCAAGGGGUGGGGCAUUUUUCCUUAUAUGGCUAUAGUAAAAUCUUGUUAACACUCUAAAGGCAAAAUUUAUUGUCCAAUUUUCAUGAAACUUAGUCAGAAGAUUCAUCCCAAUAAUAUCUUGGACGAGUUCGAAAAUGGUUUCGGGUUGGUUGAAAAACGUGGCCGCCAGGGGGAUGGGCAUUUUUCCUUAUAUGGCUAUAGUAAAACCUUGUUAACACUGUAGAGGCCACAUUUAUUUUCCGAUCUUCAUGAAACUUGGUCAGAAGAUUUGUCCCCAAGAUAUCAUGGAUGAGUUCAAAAAUGGUAACCUUUGCUUGAAAAACAUGGCUGCCAAGGGGCAGGGCAUUUUUUCUUAUAUGGCUAUAUAUGGCUAUAGCAAAAUCUUGUUAACACUCUAGAGGCCACAUUUAUUCUCCAAUCUUCAUGAAACUUGGUCAGAAGAUUCAUCCCAAUAAUAUCUUGGAUGAGUUCGAAAAUGGUUCCGUUUGGUUGCAAAACAUGGCCGCCAGGGGGCGGACAUUUUUUCUUAAAUGGCUUUAGUAAAACCUUGUUAACACUCUAGAGUCAACAUUUAUUUUCCGAUCAUUAUGAAACUUGGUCAGAAGAUUUGUCCCAAUGAUAUCUUGGAUGAGUUAAAAAAUGGUAACCUUUGCUUGAGAAACAUGGCUGCCAAGGGGCGGGGCAUUUUUCCUUAUAUGGCUAUAAAUGGCUAUAGUAAAAUCUUGUUAACACUCUAGAGGCCACAUUUAUAGUCCAAUCUUCAUGAAACUUGGUCAGAAGAUUUAUUCCAAUAAUAUCUUGGACGAGUUCGAAAAUGAUGCUGGUUGGUUGAAAAACAUGGCCGCUAGGGGAUGGGGCAUUUUCCAUAUAUGGCUAUAGUAAAACCUUGUUAACAGUCUAGAGGACAUUUGAUUUUUACGAUCUUCAUGAAACUUGAUCAGAAGAUUUGUCCCAAUGAUAUCUUGGAUGAGUUUGAAAAUGGUAACCUUUGCUUCAAAAACAUGGCUGAAAAGGGGCGGGGCAUUUUUCCUUAAAUGGCUAUAGUUCAAUCUUGUUAACACUCUAGAGGCCACAUUUACUGUCCCAUCUUCAUGAAACUUGGUCAGAACAUUCAUCCAAAUAAUAUCUUGGACGAGUUCAAAAAUGAUGCUGGUUGGUUGAAAAACAUGGCUGCCAGGGGGCGGGGCAUUUUUCCUUAUAUGGCUAUAGUAAAACCUUGUUAACACUCUAGAGACCAGAUUUAUUUUCCGAUCUUCAUGAAACUUGGUCAGAAGAUUUGUCCCAAUAAUAUCUUGUUAUCUCAGGUGAGCGACUUUGGGCUUUUCAGGUCCUCUUGUUUAUUUUAUUAGUGUCCUCUUAGUGGUUUAAUUGUAGAUUGCCAAUUUGAGGCGCAUCUAGAGUUAAACAUGAAACCAUUUUAUCUGAUAAAGAAAUGAGCCUCUUUUCUGGGACAACAGGGCUUUAUACAUUUGCGUUACAUGUAGUCUGAUAUAAGCCUGCGCAGUCCACACAGGCUAUCAGGGAAAACAAAUUCUGCUUUAUGGAAGUUUUCAAUUUAAGGAAGUCUCUUUUUGGAACAAAUCCAGUUUAAGCGUAGUGUCUUUCCAUAAAAGCUUGUGCACACUGCACAGGCUACUCUGGGACUACACUUUACACACAUGCAUUAAGCCCAGUUUUCCCAGAGUGAGGUUAGAAUGAUAAGCAUGUAGAACAGUUUCAUGUUCAAUCCUCAGCAAGGGAUGAAAUUUUGAUCCAGCCUUCUGAACGUCAAUGUUCAAAACUAAGUGAAAACAUGCUUACCAAGCGCACAGUAAAUGUAAAAUUUUACAUUGAGUUCAAACUUGAACAUAAUUUAAUGCAUUUCCUACAAACAAUUAAGCUUAAUUUUAAUUUUUAUAAAUAAUUAAGAAUUGUUAUUUUAGUUAACUUAAAACCAUUUAUGUCCUCAAGUGAUCACAUUGUUUAUUCAUGCACACAUGGGGAUCGUUGAAGUAAAUACAGACAGUCCAGUUUUAAUGCUUUUUUAACAGGAAAUGAAUAUUGAAUAAAUAAUUGAAUUAACUGUAUUGCAAUUACAACUUGCCAUUAUAUUUAAAUGACAUGUCUCUCAGUUUAAAUGAAAUUCAUUAGCCUAUGAUAUUAGCUAACCUGAAAGUGAAAUACUUGAUUAGCUAUGAGUAAAUGGAAACUCGUGCAGCAUUCAUGAUAAAGGCAAUUCUCUAGGUAUCAAAUCUAGACCAAACUUUCUGAUACUCAAGAAAUCACUGUUAACUUGUCUGAUAUGAUAAGACAAUUCUAGACUUGAUUGCCCCCUUUUCAUGCAACAACUAUGCUAAGUGGCCUCUUGCCUAUAUAUAGACUGUACUAAAAAAUUGAAUAAAUUGAGAACGUUGCAGAA